AUGAGUGAUGGUUCAUUGAGGUACGACGCUAUAUUUGAGGGUAUUUUCAAAUCGGAAGUAUUACUUGAUUAUGAUAUUAGUAGAAUAACAGAAAACAAAAUAAGAAUUUGCUUAAAAUAUGUUCUUUAUACUCAUUCGUAUACUAAAUCUGAAAAGCAGUAUAUAAUUGAUUUUGCAAAUAAUUUUAUGGAUGGGAGAAAUAUCAGAGAUGAUUUAGCAAUAAAUAUCAUAAAUGGAAUAAGACCAAAAAUUCCAAAUAAAUUUCCUGAAAAGUUUAAAAAAUUACUAAAUCAGUGCUGGGAUGCUAAUCCUGACAAUAGACCUGACGCAAAAACUUUAUGGAUAGAAGUAAAAGAAAUAUUGAGAGACUUAUAUAAUACAGAUCAAAAUUUAAAAUUGAGAUAUUCCAAAAUAACUAUUAAUUUCACUGAUCUCACCAGCAAACAUCAUCAUUUUUCAAAUCUUCCUACUCCAAAAAAUGCUUCUCGAGAACAACAAGAAGCUUACCACACUAAACAAAAUGAUCUUGUUAUACCAGAUGGUAAUUUGAUCUUAAUCGCAUGA